GUUCCUUGCAGCUGCUGCAGGGCCGGAGGAAGGACGGCACGAAAACCCACGACUGCGUGCUCUCGGUUGACCAAACAGUAAGGACAACGCAUUGGAUUCGGGCCAACGAUAUCCUAUUCUACGACACUUGCUUCUGCACUACUACUUUACUCCACUGUUGCUACCUUGUACCUACCAGAAACCCAAAAUGGUAGCCAGGACAGAGCAGCCGAGAGCCGGUGAGUGAGGGAGUCAGAAGCAGUUGGGUGAAAUUGUGGCUUGAAUUGUCUGACUUGCAGGACCAAGGCUUGGUUCUCUGGUUCGUGGGGUGAUUGUUGAGAUUCCAAGAAACCGGAUGUGAAGCCCGGCCUCGAGUUCGAAGGAAUGGAGGGAUCGAGGCUGAGGAGGGGUUCGCCGGGGCCGGCGAGGCUCCGCACCGUGCCGAUUGCCGUCACACCGGAAGGGUUCUGGUGCUGCCCGUCCCCUGCCGCGCUGCACAAGAGCCUCAAGAACCCGUACCACCAUGGCGGCGGCGGCGGCGCCGGCCACAAGCAACCGCCGCCGCAGCAGCACAAACCCCCAUCAGCUCCUCCGUCCAAAGCCCCCUCAGUCCAGACUGCGUCGCCUGUGACCGACGAGCCGGCGCCCGUCGUCGAGCAGCAGAACCAGUUGGCGGCCGAGGCGGCGCCGGAUAGGCAGCAAGAACAGCAGCACAAGAUCUGCGUCGGGUUCGGGCGGCCGGAGACCAGCGACCUGACGGUGAUGCUGUACGAGAAGGAAGGCAUCGCCGUCAGGAUGAGUGUGCACAGGGAUGUUCUCUGUCAAAGCAGCGUAUUUUUCGCCGAGAGGCUGGCCGGCGGCCAUGGCCCGCCGGCGCCCUCCGUGGAGAUCCACGACUGCGACAACGUGGAGAUCUACGUGGAGACCGUUGGGCUAAUGUACUGCGACGAGGCGAAGCACAGGCUGCUCAAGCAGAGCGUCUCGCGCGUUCUGCGCAUCAUGAAGGUAGCGGAGUUGCUUGGUUUCCAUGCAUGUGUCAAGUCAUGCUUGGAUUAUUUGGAAGCUGUCCCUUGGGUCGGCGAUGAAGAAGAUAAUGUCGUGUCAUCGAUAUGGCAUCUUCAGAGCAAGGAUUAUGGAGUUAGUCCGUUGCUAAAAAGGAUUACAUCUGACAAUCUGAACUCACCAAGUGAUACAUUAGCAAAUAUAAUGGAGAUGGUACUGACGAGCACAGAUGAUAAGGGGCGUCGGGAAAUGAAAGCCUUAGUUCUGAAUCUUCUAAAAGACAGCAGCCAUUGCGCUGAUGGAUCGUCAAACAUCUGUUCUGAAAUGUUGUACAGUUCGUGCCGAGGUUGCUUGGACAGACUCCGACAACUAUUUGCAGGAGCAUCUGAAGAAGAUUUUUCUGCUAAAGUUACACGGCAAAUAACUCUAGAGACUGAUAAUCUCCUAUGGUUGGUUGAGAUAUUGGUUAACCAGCGAAUCGGCGAUGAUUUUGUGGCGAUCUGGACAAGCCAAACUGAACUUGCAGAAUUGCAUGCAAAAUUGCCAGCUGCCUCUCGUCACACCGUGAGCUGUAUCACAGCGAGGCUUUUUGUUGGCAUUGGAAGAGGAGAGGUGCUUCCAUCCAAGAACACCCGUCUUCUUCUAGUGCAAGUCUGGCUGCAAGCACUAAUUGAUGACUACUCAUGGCUACAAUGCAGCUGCCGAUCGUUUGACAGGAAGCUUGUUGAGGAAGGGAUCGGACAGACAAUUCUAACACUUCCUUUGGAAGACCAGCGGUCUAUAUUACUGUCAUGGCUUGGAAGAUUCUUGAAGUUGGGCGAUAAAUGCCCGAAUCUGCAAUGGGCAUUUGAAGUAUGGUGGAGAAGGACUUUUGUCAGGCCUUAUGUCAAUGAGGCAGAGGCAGGUAAUGUUUUAUUGUCAGAUAGAAGUUCAUCUUGAAUUGACAGGGAAAGACUAAAUUUAGCUCAUCAUAGAAUCUUUGGGAGAAAUCAUUUUCCCUGAGGGGAAUGUCAUUGGUCAAUCUGACAUAAGACUUGGUAAGAAUUUGGGUGGCUUGUUUUUCUUUCCUCGUGUAAAGUUUGGAUGUGCAGAAGUUUGUAUAAGACUACGUGUUUAGCUUGUGUGUAAAAUCAGAUGAUUUUCCCUAUUUAUUGCAAGCAAAUUAUCAUCAAUGGAUCCUCUCCACUGUACCGCUUGUGACCUUCCA